GGGCAGGGCUCCAAAGUGCGCUUUUUAGUGUUCUUUUUAAUGAGCAGCAGAAGGCCGGAGGGAGAGGAGGAGGAAUAAGGUGUGCGGACACAGGCAUUGUUUACCCGAGUGCCGGCUCCCGUGUGUGUGCGUGGUGGAAGCUAGACGGGGCUCGAGGUGCCCAUUUGUUCAUCAGAAAUUUCUUAAUGUUUUGACAGAGAAAUGGAUUUAAGUGGAACGCAGUUUCCAGGCUAAACAACAAAAUACGCUUAAGCCAUGGAGUCCAACCAGGAAUCCUCGCUCUUCCUGGUGAAGAUCUUGGAGGAGCUGGACACAAAGCAGAAUACUGUUUCUUACCAGGACCUCUGCAAGUCCCUGUGCGCGAGGUUUGAUUUAUCCCAGUUGGCCAAGCUCAGAAGCGUGCUGUUUUACACCGCUUGCCUGGAUCCUAAUUUCCCAGCGACUUUGUUCAAAGACAAAAUGAGAUGCACUGUAAACAAUCAGCAAUCAAAGAAAAUCAUGGUUGCGGCAGAUAUAGUAACAAUAUUCAACCUCAUACAAAUGAACGGGGGAGUGGCCAAGGAGAAACUUCCAGUUGCAAGGCAGAAAGUGAAAAAGAAAGAGUCCUUCGAGUCCUGUAGGUCUGACACAGAAAUCUGCAAUAUGGCAGACUGCGUGCCCAACUGUGAGCUGAACGACCAGGAGUUUAACCGGGGCUUUCCAGUCAGAAGGUCUUCAAAAUGCAGAAAGAUGGACUGCAAAGACUGUCAACAGUUUGUCCCCUCGUCAGAACCCAACUUUUUACUUGGUGUUAAUAAGGAGAUGAAGGGUCGGGCUGCCUCUCUGGACAGGCUGCAGGCGCUGGCGUCCUACUCCAUCGCCACAUCUCCACCAUGUGAGAUGCAGAGUACGUACUUCCCCAUGAACAUUGAAAAUGAAUCUAUUUCAGACCAGGACUCCUUGCCUAUAAGUGCGGGCAUAAAAGAAACUUUCAUUUCAAAUGACGAGCCGUUUGUGAUGCAGUCGUGUGUUCAGAAAAGAAAUAUAUUCAAAGAAGAUUUUCAUAAUCUGAUUACAAUAUCUCCCAACUUAAUACCAUCCAACAAAAAGCCAGAAGAUGGACACAGAGAGCCUCAGAACAGGAAAGAAAGCUCUAAGCAAGUUUUCUUCAACCACAGCUUUGAAAUGCCAUACAGCAGCCAGUACUUGAAUCCAGUUUAUUCGCCUAUACCAGACAAAAGACGAGUGAAGCAUGAAAGUUUAGAUGAUCUUCAAGCUUCAACGUAUUUUGGCCCAACUACUAUUCUCGGGCCCCAGGACACCAAAAAGUGGACUGGAAAGCCAACCAAGCAAACUGCCUGGCCAGCUAAAAGCUGGAGCUUAAAUACUGAGGAGGUACCUGACUUUGAACGAUCAUUUUUUAAUAGGAAGCAGUCUGAAGAGAAGCCGCGAUACCAGAGUUCGAACAACCCAUCUCCAAACUUUCCUUCAGCUGACAGGCAUCAGUCCUACCUAAACACGAAGGAUCAGCAACCAAUUAUGCAGGCAAACUACGCUGUGAAACCAAAUGGGCAUAAACCCAAGGAAAUUCCUUCCAUUCUAGAUGUGGAGAAACAUGAGCCAGUCAAAAAGUUUAAGGAUAAAAGCAUUAAUUGCACUUCUGUUCAGAUCUUAAGCAUUGACAGGACCACGAGUGUUGGGACGCAAACGGAGCAGCAAAUGCUGGACCACAAGAAAUGCAAGGAUUUGUGUGUGGGGGGCCAAGCCAAGUAUGGAGAGCGGCACUCUCUUAAGCAGUCGGAUGAUGACUCUGAAAUCGUCAGUGAUGACAUCAGUGACAUUUUCCGGUUUUUGGAUGACAUGAGUAUUAGCGGGUCCACAGGAGUGAUGCAAUCUUCGUGCUACAACAGCACUGGUUCUUUGUCUCAGGUGCAUAAAUCAGACUGUGAGAGCUCACCUGAGCACAAUCUGACUAAAAUCUCCAAUGGGAGUGCCUGUAACAAAUUGGAUAAAGUGGUCCGGGCAGAUAUCAGUAACACAGAUGAUGAACUAAAAACGAGUGUCUGCAAAUUAGUUUUGAGGAUUGGUGAAAUAGAGAAGAAACUGGAAUCUCUCUCAGGUGUCCGAGAAGAAAUCUCCCAAGUCCUGGGAAAACUAAGCAAAUUGGAUCAAAAAAUUCAGCAGCCAGAGAAGGUCAGUGUACAGAUAGAUCUCAAUUCUUUAACAAGUGAGGCUGCAUCAGAUGAGAGUAACUCCCCGCAGAUAUUUCAGUGCCACAAUACUCCUCAUGGAGGCAAACUGGAGAAUAAUCCAGAAUGGUGCUGUUCAGAUGCCAGUGGAAGUAAUAGUGAGAGUCUUCGAGUAAAAGCCUUAAAAAAAAGUUUGUUUACUAGGAGGUCAUCAAGAUCAUUAACAGAAGAAAACAGUGCAACUGAAUCCAAAAUAGCAAGUAUUUCAAACUCUCCCCGAGACUGGAGAGCUAUUACUUACACCAACCAGGUUGGCAUUACGGAAGAGGAGAUGAAAGAAAGAGAUGGAGGAGAAAAUAAGGACUGGCACAGGAAAUCUAAAGAGGCAGACAGGCAGUACGAAAUCCCACAGCCACAUAGACUCUCUAAACAACCAAAAGAUGCUUUCUUGAUUGAACAAGUCUUUAGUCCUCAUCCCUACCCUGCAUCGCUCAAGUCACACAUGAAAAGCAACCCGCUCUACACAGACAUGAGGUUGACAGAGCUGGCCGAAGUGAAACGUGCCCAGCCAUCAUGGACCAUAGAGGAAUACACGAGGAAUUCGGGGGAUAAAGGCAAGAUUGCAGCACUGGAUCUACAAACUCAAGAAUCUUUAAACCCAAACAACUUAGAAUACUGGAUGGAAGACAUUUAUACUCCUGGCUAUGAUUCCUUAUUAAAACGCAAAGAAGCCGAGUUCAGAAGAGCAAAGGUUUGCAAGAUAGCUGCCCUGAUAGCAGCGGCAGCUUGUACGGUUAUUCUGGUCAUUGUAGUUCCCAUUUGUACAAUGAAAUCCUGAACCUGCGGACAGACCCGUGACUCCCAGCUGUGUGUAUCUCAGAUAGCUCACGCUGUGUUUCAGACGUCUGAUGGCAAAACUGUAAGGAAAUCGCUAAGGAAGAAUAUUCUGAGGAUAUCCUGACGGAGAAUGCUGUAAACGUAGGCAAAACACAAAACAACUAGAGAAACAUUUUUUUUUGAAAAGUAUUAUUUUAAAUAACAGACUGUGUGGCAGAGUUAAUAGGAACUCGGUUCAAUUUUUAUGCAUUUUUAAAAGUGCAAUAUUUUUUUUUCCUAAAGAAACAAUAUAAUGUUUUACAGAAUCAGAGACUGAUGAGAAUCCAGGCAAAAGAGAAAGGUCGUCUGAGCUAUGUUGCAUUUCACGGAGGUAUGGGUACAUGGAGGUAGCACUGUAUAGAAGGGAAUGUUCUAUAUGCAUUACAUCAGGGAGCUAGGAAGGUCUUAAAGCUCUCUACAAUGUAGAAAACUCUGAAUGUAUUGUCUUUAUUUUAUAGUAUUUAUGUAUUUCAUGAUCAUUUGAUUGAAAGCAGACUGUGUAGCCAUGAACAGAAUUCAUUCCUAUGUUCAGAUUAAAAAGGGCUCUUUGUAUUUGGUCUUGCCCUAAGACCCACUCUAUCAUCACUGAGUACUUAGAUAAGUGCAAUGUGCUGCAGACCAAAAAGAUUAUGUUUUAAAGCAAUCACAAAAGGUUUUAGUUGCUUCUGUUGAAUAACAUUUGCAUAGAACUGGCAAACUUGCCUUGCCAAAAGGGUAUUCUUUACCUCCACAGACAGUGAAAUUGUCUCAAUUUCACUCCCGCCAGCAAGCAAAGCUGGAAAAUCAAAGCAAUGCUCUGUUAAAGUUCUUGGAAAUGUAAUCUGAACAGUUAUAAUUUUUUUCACAAAGUCUUUGUGCCUUUUUUUAGACCGUAGAUUAAAUAGAACUGCUUAAUUUUGCUAUUUUAAGCCCACAACAUAAAUCACAGCAUAAUGGGUACUAAUGGAGGUUCUUUUCCCGCAAGCCUUCUAUACAGUUCAGAGUGCUCCUCAAACAGCAGGGCUGGUGGUUACUGAGCACUUAUAUUAAGGGCACAGUUUUUCAGCACUAGUGGAAACUUGCUGUUAAUGCAUUGCAUUCGGCAUGGGGAGAUCUUUUGCUUCCCUCUUGCUAAUGUACUUAAGAAUGAUGGUUGACUCUACCGGACAGCAAGCAGUCUGUAUCCCAUGGGAAAUAUCCAUUUGAUGCUUUAUCCCAAAUGCAAAUAGCAGGUUCAAAGGAAUUCUCAAGCUAUGACAGAAAUUACCUGCCAUGGUUAGGGAAAGCAAAUACCCAGACAGUAUUACUCUUCUGUCAAGUAUAGAUGAAAAAAAAAAAGUAAAAAAAAAAAAUAUUUUCGGGAAAUAAUGUGAUCUUGCUGGUCUUCUAAGGGAAAGGAGAUUCUUCUAGUGAAUGAUCUUUAUGUAGGGUAAUUUGGUUUCUUCAGAAGCAGCCUCCCUACACGAUGACACAGCAGCUAGGAAAGCAUCGGAUGCUUGUUCCUCCUGCUCUCUGGGAUGUGCCGUGCUCACUGUUUGUUUUUGGCUGGUUUAAAAAAAGUAGUGAGGAAAGGGUGUGUGGGAGGCAAAGGCUUUGUUGUGACUUUAGAUGUGUGUCAGUUCUUUGCUGCAGCUGGAGAGCUGUUUAUGUGCUGCUCGUGUGCUGUAUUUUAUUUAGGGAUAGGUGAUCCCUGGGACCGCUGAUCUAUCAGAAAAUAAGCACAGGGUCAGGUGUCCCGUCAGCAAAUACAGAACAAGGAUAAGCCCCUAGACCAAAAUCUGUGCCUGCCUGGCCUGAAUCCUGACCCAAAUUCUGUAGCUUUGGACCAUUCCUAAUACCAAGAUUAUUUCUCUUUCCUCCCAGAUGCUGCAGGAUGGAGUCACAGCAGGGAGGGAGCAGUUCACACUGUCUAUUUUAGGCUGCCUUCGGUUAUGGUAUGAUUCAGAGCACCUGAGUUUAGGAGCUCAGGAUCCGUACAUAGUAAAUAUAGACAGGUAGAGAAACCUCCGGGGAUGAUUUGGAGCUGCCAGCAAGAUAUCUAAUAUUAGACAUGUGAAUACUCUCCGGAGGGCAUUGCUCUGCAGUUUACCUUAUGCACAAUUUAGGUUGAUUGUAUAUGUAAAAAAAAAUCUAUUCCUGGUUCCAGGUAAUGUCAGAAAACCCUUUUACACCCCUCCUUGGCCUGGCGAUAGCAAGCACAAGGCGCUGUCGGAAAGAGCAGCGUGGCCCUGUGGUGGGACAGUCUCGUCCCCCGUCUGCCCGCGCUGGCGGUGACAAGUCCCUUGGAGGUGCAGGAUGAGCGUGGGACGGACACUGGGCAGGCCCCUCGCCUUCGCCAACCCCCCCUCUGCUAGCUCGAGCGGUCUGACCCUGCUGCCCCCAACCCAAAAUCAGCAGCGCUUCCUCCAUUGCAUCUCAGUAAUCUGAUUUUAGAAAAUAACUGAAUAUCUAAGUGGAGAUGCGAGAAGGGUGCAGGAGAUGUUAUUGAUUAGAGGGGCGGGCUGGGGCUGUGCUUGCACUGAUGCAUUAGAGGAGAUGUAAGGACCCCUGUUUUGUAUAUGCAGGGAUUAUUUUUUUUUUUGUCUAUGCAAGACUCAUCUAGCUGGCACCGGAUGAGUCUUUGCAUUAGAGAUGACCAAAAUCCUGGGAAGGAUUUGGCAGGUUGUGGAGCCAUGGGUGACGUGGAGCUGGCCCAACCCAAGCACUCAGCAUCCCAAGCGUCCAUGCUGCUCCUGAUUUAACGAGGUGCUUUUGCUCAUCCUUACUUUGCACAAGCAGCCAGUGGCACCCACCUCCAUCGAGGCAGUGGUUUCCCUACACACCAGACCGUGGUUUGUCAUGGAUCUCCCUCCUGGGGCUUGAUUCGGUUCCUGCAAACUCUGGGACCAUCUCCACGGUGCUGGAAGCCCGAAGGGAGUGGGGAAAGCAGAGUCUAGCUCCCUGUCUCCCUGCUCCACAAAUACCUCUGGGAGCCGCUGCCUUGCCAUCUCCUUCACUCCCUGGCUGCCUCCGGCAGCUCCUCGGCACCACUGGGAUGUGCAUCCCUAGCCGUUCCCGGCAGGUUUUACAACUGGCACAGAGCUCUUUGCUUAAAAUAGGUAAGGAGGUGGAGCAGUGGGAUGCUGCUGCUGGAGGAGAGCAACCGGAGAAGGAGGGACCCUGCGGUUCUGCCCGGAGUAUACAAGCUAGGUGAAAUCCUGACAAUACUAACCUGCAAGAAUAUUGUGAUCAACCUUGUGAACCAGUUACCAACUAGAAUAUACUGUAUGCUAUAUGAUAGACUUUUGUAUAAAAAAAAUAAACAAAUUAAAGCUAUAGGUACAUUGUAAUCCUCGGUGUGAUUGAAAAAAGUGUCCUAGAUUGUAUUAAUUAAUUAAAAUAAUGAUGAGCAUAUUGAACUGUUUUUCGUAUUUAUGCCUUAUAAACUUGAUAUAUUACACAUGAUAAAAUGAAACUGCAAGAAUUAUCAAAAAGAUACUCCAUUUUGGGGGCAAAUCCCAUUUGCUUUUCCUAAAUCAAGAGUACUGCUUGAAAUGAGCUCAAUAAAUCAUGUGUGCAGAAAAGCAAGAGCAGGAUCUGUCCCCAAAUGACUUUUUAGGAUUUUUUUUUUUUAACGGGGCUUUGGUUAAUGUACUAUGUAAUAAUUUUAUUUUAUAAAGUUACUGUACAAUGUUGCCUUUUGGUUCAUUUAAAUAUAAUACCAAAUAAACUUGAAAAUUACAGCGUCCUAAGUUUUACUGAAACAGUUAUAAUAAUUUAUUACUCUGUUGCUUUUCCUCUUUUUUUUUUUUUUUCCAGAGACAUCAAGAUAGCCAUGGGAUGCAACUGUCUCAGUGUUACAUAACUAAGCAGCCUAUCUAGUUCUUGGCAGAAUUGCUAAUGGAUUUCUCACUUGUGAAAUAAUAAGAUGGCAGAAGAUAAAGCAAAAUGAGUUUGUUGGGUUUCUUUUAAAAGCUCCUUUGCAUCACAUUGUCUGGGCUUCUGGGAGAUUAGCUCUUGACACUAAUCAUAAUAUUUCAUUUUAUAGGUUAUUUCAUGACUGAGUUUUGCCAUAUCAACUGUUUUAAAAAGGUCAUGACUAAUAUUUUGGUAUCUAUUUCACUAACGUGUUUAUGCAACCACUGUUCCUACUAUAGAUAACUAUUUAUAGUCACCUAUCAACAGACAAUCAGUUUGCUUAGGAUCUCUGUAUGAAUUUAACCUGCUGCUUUUGACUUGUUAAUUGCAAAACCAGGUUGUCUUAAAAUUCCAGGUGUUGAAACAAAGAUAGAGCUGAGCCUACCACUGAAGGUAAUCCAGCAUCAGAGGUUGCAAAAGGCAGCCACAGGAAAGAGGACGUAUAUAAAUAAUGAACAAUGACAUGAAAACAUAGUAAUGUAAGAUCUUGAUUUCCUCAUCUCUAUUGCAGAAGCACCUUUAAUGCAUUGCUUUAGCAAUCCUGGUCAGGGUGGGGAGUGCUGAGUGCUCUCUGCAGGGCUGGGCCACCAGCCCCAGCCUCGGGUGCUCAUGUGUCGUCAGUCAGGCUGCAAACCAUCACAGGUCCCCUUGGGAGGGACUGUGAUUCACAAUUUACCAUUGGUUUCAGUUUUGGAGGUGGUAGCAUGGAUUUGCAUCAAUUUCAGGUUUUUCUCUUGUACCCAUCAAGUCCAGAAGCUUGCAACUAGAAGUGCCCUCUGGAUUUUUAUGUUACAGCAUGAAUCCAGGAGCAGGAGCUUUCAUAAAAAUGCUAAGUGUGACGAGGCUCGUGCCAAAAAAUCCUAAGCACUCUGGCACAGCAUUCCUCAGCUGUCUAUGUAGGAUAUAUAGACCUCAUCUGGGUCAUCGCUGUGCUGGAAGAUGGGGUAGCUGCCAGGUUUCUACAGUAGCUGCUGGAUAGAGUCACUGAGUCUUGAGGUAGAAGAUAGCUCCUACAUGCAAUGCUGUAUCCGUGACCAAGACCCAACCCCAUGAUCUCUGUGCUUCUUUGAAUGUGUCGCUGACAGCGAUCAAUUGUACUGGUUGAAUAAAUUCUUUAUUUCAGAUCUAGCUCUGAUGAAUGGCUCUGCCUGGUGCACAAAAGAGUCACAAGCAAAAUAUGGGAUCUCAGGGCCAUAUGCUGCCCUCUGAGGUGCUCCUGUGACUCCAUCCCGUUGAAUCUGCACAUGGAAGAAGAGAAAGUAGCUGGUAGCCUGCCCAUAGCAGCAUGGUCCUAUUGAAAGGAAAGGAAAGAGCACUAUAUUGUCUAAAGUGCUGCUCUGCUAGUAGUUCUCCCACAAGCUUGGUCACUUUGGAUAACUUCUGAGACCAUGGAGCACUCGGUAUCUUGCAGGCUGUUACAUAAAUCUAUGACAUUCACUUAGAAACUGGAGCAAAAUCUUCAUAAAAGGAAGAAGUGUGCUGUCAGCAGCCAAACUCCUCCCAUAAGUGAAUUGUAAUCAUGGAAGGGAAGAACAUCCUGGGAACUGAAGAGCUAUGUUUAGGGCAAGCAAAGGACAGCACUGCAUGUAUUAUUUUAUCAUCAAGUAUCUCUAAUCUGGAAGAGUUCCUCUACAAACCUUUAGGAAUAAGAGGCUAAUCUAGUGCCUGGUUUUAUUCAGUAUUUGGCUUGUCUGCUGAGACCAAUGGAAAGAGAUGAGUUUAUUAUGUUGAUAUUUGCAGGAAGCUGAGGUGAUAUCGCCAAGACUCUUCAAGCUUAAAAGUGCCAAGGCUACAGGAAUCAACUCUUUAUAUUUCAGAAAUAGUGCAGGCAAAAUACAAUCAUUCAGAAACACCGCAAAGAAGGAACAUGGUGCCAUUUUUGUGUUGUGGAGCAACAUGGCAAUGUAGAAGCACGAACAGGUCCAGUAAAGGACAGGACUUGACAGAUGUCACUUCAUGGCCAAAGUGUCCCACCUCUUAAGUCUUGUCCUGACCCAGCCUCCUUGUAGUAAAAAAUAGUAGUCACGGUGAGACUUGAAUUGCAUUAAUCAAGAGAGAGAUUUCCCUACACAUUGUCAGUCUAUGAAGCUGUCCACCUUCCUGUCUGCAUUCUGUUUUAUUCAAGUUUUCCUCAAUAACAGUGGGUUAUCUUUUCUACUCCUAUCAGUUUGCCAGAGGUUGUAAGUGGUAGAAGUGAAUAAAAUCCUCAAGAAUAAGUUCUGCUGCAAUGAUCUGUUUUACUUAAAUACGUGAUCAAAUGAAAAUGCAGCUUCUGAAGAACACUUUAUAACAAGAGCAGAAUCUGGCAACUUCUUAGAUGGCCUCAAUGACUGUAGUCUUAUGGGAGACUUUGAUCAUAGCUUCCUUCAUCUCUUUUCAUGCUGCUUACAAAGUUAGUCUAUGGAAAAAUGUAGUGUAUGAUUUACUCUAACCAAGGAAAGACAAAUUCAUUCUGAAGGCGGGAGAUGGCCAAUCUCUGGGCUCGAGUCGUGUGUAGAUCUUGAAUGAUUUUGGAGCAGUUGCUCUGGAGAGGAUGUGCCAAGUCACUGACAGCAGGGCCGUACCAGAGAACAUCGUUGUGCUAGUUAUCGACUAUAAUGAAAUGGAAAGGUGACCUUCUGCAGUCAGGUUUCAUUAUUUCAGAAUUGGAGAUGAACUUUCCCCAAAAUUGUAGGGUAUAAUGGGUAUCUGUGCACUAACCCUCCCAACAGCCCUGUCUGCACACCUACAUUUUGAGCCAUCUGGAAGCUCUUAUGGGCCAGGAGCCAUACCCUGAAGCAGGACAGUCUUCUUCAGGGGACCUGUGGUUGUUACUGAAGGAAUUCAGCCUUUAUUUACUCCAUAAGAGAAGUUUCCCACCACUGCUGAUCUGCAGGCACUGCUCAGUUGCUGUUCUGCGACUGCCGCGCUACAUUGCAGUAUUUCAGGAGGAAAAGUGGAGAAUGACUUUUCCAUUUGAAGCCAUAUGAGGGGAUUCAGCCAGACAGCAUGUAAUUACCCUAGCUGGAGCCGGGCCAAGGGAGAGGAUCUGUGGCUCCCCAUCUGCAGGCUUUUUUUCAGCACUUAAAUGAGAGAUUGCACGGAACACAUUGAAAUUAAUGAAACAAACUUGGUUUCUGUCUGGACACCUCCUCCAUCAUGCCCACAUCAGACACAAAUAACUCACCAGUAUCGUGUACCCUAGACUGCCCUUCAAAGGCUCAGCUUACAAGCCCAAAUGAAAGAGCAGCUGGAGGCAAGGAGCCUUUCCCAUUCAUUCAGGCUGAAAUCAAAUGGCAAAUGUUGGCUUCGUUUCAGUACAGCAGGAUGAAUACCAUGGUGCUCCACCACCUUCCCCAGAAGGUCCUCGUUUGAUGGAUCCCUUCUGGGACCCCCAGCGCAGCAUCUCUCUCUGCCACAGCUGAAAGCAGCCGUGUCUGGCAGAGUGGGUCACGAGUGGUGGAGUUAGAUUCGACUCCAUCCUAGCUCUCAGCUCUUCCUACCUGAAUGAUCUGGAUUUGCUAUUACUCGUGGUAAGCUCACAGAAGGGACAUGUGUGGCAACAUCUUUUUAUUUUCAUGUUUCCUCCUUGUACCAUUCUUUAACAUUACUGUAAACAUCCGUGCUUACUCAUGUCUUCCUACAGUAAACCUAAAAAUAUCUCCCUCCCUCCAUUUCCAGUGCUAUACCUUGCAGACCUGAAAUGACCCUAUAUGAGAGGGUCAUAACAGUACAGUCUAAUGGAGAAGAAAAAUGGCAAUGAGGUAAUGUAGUAAAACCAACUGUCUGAAAGAGCAUCUCUGAACUGCUCACCAAUUCUGUUUGCUCUUGCAACUCAGGCUACUUGUAUUGUCAUCCAACUCCAGGGCUGAAGGGCAUUUAUUGGUGUAACCCUGUGAAACCCUUGCUGCAGUCGCGAGUGCCAUGGGUGAUGGGUGCAGUCUCACGUUUGUGUGCCAGCUGCUGCGUGAUUGCGCAUCCCCAAUGAAAUCAGCACCAGCCCUGUGAACCCGGGGGGAGCUGCGCUUAUUCACACCAAAUCAGAUUUGCCCCAGCGCUCCAAAAUGAGCACUGUGAUACGAAAUUUGUAACAAUGACUAUUGGGAACCAGAGGUGGUUUCGCAGAAGGAUUAUUAUUUACUGCUUAAAUAGAAAUAUCUUAUUCUUACAGGGAUGGAAAAUGCUGCACUACAGUAAAUUUGGGAAGAUCCUGUAAGAUUUUGUUCCAAGAUGGAAUAAUGCCUUUCUUGAUGCCUUAGGGCCACCACCACCGUAAGCCACCAUUGCUGGUUUUUGUCAGGUUAGUUUGAAUCUGGCUCAGAUCCCUUGCUCUGCUUUGGCAUGCAGCUGUAGAAAUGCUUGAGCUGAAACAAAGUUAUGGGACAGGACGAGGCCGUACAGGAGAAGAACAGCUGUUUUGGUGGCAGAGCCAGCUUACAUCAAUUUAAAGUGAUCACAGAACUGUCACACAAGAUAGGCGAUUGCUCAUGUUCUCCACUGCUUAUGGUCAAGGACGCACCUGUAACUAUUUGGUUGCUUAACCAAUUGGUUUCCUAAGCUCAUUUUUGUAUAGGUUACAUGUAUAACCAAAAGCAAAUUAAAAAAACUAGUGUGUCAAAUAGCAAGUAAUUGUAACUGCCAACUCAAAAUUGUGGGGUUUAGCAUACAUAGGCCAUAAGAGCAUCUAAUUUUCCAUUCUUCUGGCUGGGUUUGUUAAUGUGAUGAUGAAAUAAACGACUCAUUAUCAAUGCAUUCCCACAGAAUAACCUCAACAACAGUACAAGGUGCAGUCUACUUGCAAAAUGUCUAAUCCAGUUAUUCUGUGUGUUUUUUUAAAAUAGCCUUCCUGGGGUGAAAUCACCACUUCUAAAAAGUGGAUUGUCAAAAUUUAACACGUUGAUGAACACAGGCUCCUUUCCCACUUCCCUGUGCUUGUGAACUGAGUUUGCAGGGAUGGUGGGUGUCAUGUGGUACUGGAUAUAUUUUGCUUCACCUGUCAUAUGCCUUAACUCACCACAGUGUUUUGCAUCUGGGUCAGCUGUAUUUUUGUCAAGCAUUAACAUGCAUAAGGGUUUGCCAGUCUUAAUAAAAUUGCUCCUGAAAACUGCAUUCUUCCACCUCUUUAUUGAAGCAGAUUAUAUUGUGUUUGAACUGUGUUUGAACUGAAGGUACACUCAUGUGAAAACUGUUAUAUUCAUAACCCACACCCAAGCAAUAACAAAGAGCUCAGUUAAUGAAAAUCACUCAAAGGAACUCACUGCCCACCCCCUCCAAGAUCAAUUAGAAAGAUUAUUCCAGCAUCCCUAAUGCUGCCAUGCUGCUGUUGUGCUGUAAAGCACCUGUUCCCUUUAGAAGGCUAAGGUAGGGAGUCUGUCAAUAAUGUGUAAUAAACAGUGCUGGGAAAAAAGCAUUCACCACUGCAAAGGACAACAUUUGGACAGUGUAGUAAAUAUAUAAGAUCUCCCUGUGAAGUUCAUAUUCAAAUGAACACAAGAACAGAAGGUCUGGGGCCAAAAGCUGUGGCCCAAAGCUGGAUUGCAGAGUCUGAAGCACCUUUUCAGACAAAGGCUGGCAAAACUCUUUCCCAGGGUGUUUGUGUCUUUGGAGGACACCUCAGCGUGGCUUCCUAAAGCUCAGUAGAUCAAGGAUCAGCUGGAAGAUGACUGUUCCUCCAAAGAGAGAAGAAAACAUCCUUUCUGGCAGUACACCAGCAAAUUCAGAUGAUGUUAACACUACAACAGACAGAGUAGCUGCCAGAGAAGAAAUGCGAUGUGUAGAGUGGGGAAUGCAACAUUUUGCUGCGUGGCUAUAAGCAUGGCAGUGUGGGCAAACCCUUGGCUGCUGGGACACGAUGAUGCUCCACUGGCUUCGGAGACAUACAGCAAAUUAUACCAGUUGAGAGUCUGGCUUUGUUGUGGAUAUUCCAGUUUCUAAAUGUGUUUGUUCUCUUCCCCUUUUUCCUCACCUCUGGUGUCUCUUUUGACAGCAACAGGUUUCUCUCAGGGAUUUAUUUUUCCCACUGCAGCCAAAGGUGGGCCUGAGCUUUAAUGAUGCAGAGCUGAAUGCUGGAGUUUCUUAAUAAUUGGCAAAAGUCUUAAAAACUGAGACUCUAGUAUUUAUCAAUAAUGAGAAACUGCUGUCAGAACCACUUUGAAUACUUGUCUGAUACUAAUUGUUCUGCCGAAAAUAGCCUAUUUUUUAGCUGUAUGAAAAAUUAGUAUUGCCAAAACAUUACUUCCCCUUGCAAAAAAUGCACCAAUCCUUCAAACAGCAUUAAAGAUAUAAUUCAUUGACUUAUGCAAAUGAAAAAUGUUCAUAAUCAUUUUGGUAAAUAUUUCAUUUAGUGUAAAUACAGAUCCCUUUUAACCUGCAAACAUAUGCAAAGGCAGGUGAGGUUUAUUUCAAACAGUUCACAACACAAAGGGCUGCUGCAUUUUUCAAGUUCAUCUUUCUGCCCACAUCUGGAGGCUAAAAGGGAGGAGAGAGGAGGGCAAACCUUUUUCUCCAAUGGUCAUGACUAAAUCACUGAAUAACUACUUUUUUGCUCUUUACAGCAGUGUUUUAAUAUGCAGUGUGAUUCACUUGCUGCACUAUGAAGGGAAAAGUGCCCCAACCCAAACAGCUAGGAACAGAAAUACUAAUCUUAACUACCCCUGUGUUUAAAUAAGAGGAUUUAUGGAGCACAGCAGGAAAAACUGAGGCAUUGAUUCCCUUUGAGCUAAACCCCCACUCUUUGCUCUCUAGCCACGCAAUUCAUUGGCCUAACACAUUCUGAUGCAUUAGUUUGGCCAUGUUAAUUCCUUUGAAAUAUGUUUCAACCCACUGUAUUUCCAAAAUCACAAAAUGGUUGAUUUAGCUUUAUGUGCUUACGCAUUGUUGGAAAGAUAGGAUGUUUCCUGUUUGACUUGUAGAGCUUACUAAUCACAUACUUCGGAUUUCUUGUCUGAGUCAUUAAUAAAAGCUUAUGAACUUC